AAUAGUAUAUUAACGGAUCAAAGAAUUGUUUUUUAAACAUUUUAAUUAAAGCAUUUUGUAAUUAAACAUAGACCGUUAAUGAUGAAGAACCCCCUCUUCCCAUGGCUUGGAAUUCUGUCAUGUCUCGCCCUAACAGUGGAGUCCAUUAUUCCUCCAUUCAUGCAGCGUAUGCAAAGCGAACAGCCGGUGGUUCAAAGAUUUAGACCGACGGCGGAGAGAUGCUGCAGGGUGGGAGAAAGAACAGCCAGGUUUUCAAUGUCAUGCAGUCUCCGGAACAGCCAGUUUAACAGUGUUCACGCCGCCCGCGGAUUCUCCAGAAGCGGCACCAUUUUGAGAAACAUAGACUUAUUAAUCUCCAAAUCCACACAAUGUGCCUUUCACUUCUUACAAUCGUUUGAAAAUUGUUGUCUGAACAAAGAACAGUUUCUUAACGAAAGUCGACUGUGUAGACGGAGGUAUACGGACAAAGAAGUUCGUAAUAAUUGCAUAAACAUCGCAAGAUCUAAAUACGGACAGUGAGGAUCAAAUCCGCCAUAUUUUUUCAAUGGUUUCACGACUACGGCAGCAUUUUAGUGUAACUUAUGUUAUGAAUACGAUGUAUUCACUCAUUAUCAUUUCCUUUGUACGUAUGGUGACAUUAAAUGUCUUUGUUUAAAUGUAACUUAUUUUCUGCGAGCUGUGAAUAUGCUUCAUAUUAAAAUCACAAUCAUGCUUACCACA